GUUUAAAAGCGGAAACAAAGCAAACUUCAUUCUUAGCUUAAUAAUUUUUUUUUCAUUUUCAAUUUUUGUCUCACAAAACACAUGAAAAAUUUAAUUUUAAUUUUAUUCAUUUAUUGCCUUUGAAAAUGAAAAUUUAUAUACUCGUACUGAUUUUAUUUGCCGCGCGGUUUCUUGCGGUGCACAGUUAUUUAUUUCCAGAUUUCUAUACGUGUGAUUUUGAUCUUAUUGAUCCCAAGGAACAAUGGAGGCGUUACCACUUCUCUGAUGAUUGUCUGAGUAUAUAUAAAAGAAGGCAAUAUAGCGAUACUUACUAUUUGUAUCUAGCUGAAGCGCAUGCAUUUAAGAAAUUUACUAUGGCCAUAGAAAAUUAUGAGGCGAAAAAAUCUGGAAAAAAAAUGUGUGCGAACAAUGAAUAUGCCCUAAAUCUUAGUGAACGACAGAAAUUCUACGAUCAGGUGAAUCUGGGUGACUGCUACAAGAAGAGUAAUAAAACAGCUUUGCUGAAUUGUCUCAUAGAAGAACGAACAAAAUUGACGACUAUAAUAAAUAAUGCCCACGGCUAGAUUGGUUAAUAUAUUGAUAACCUUUAUUAUAUAUAAAACAUUUACGAACUUAAUGCGUUAUAUACAUACAUAUGUACUAUAUGUGAAAUGUGAAUUUGUAAUUUUUGAAUUUUUUUUUUGAUUUGUUUACUAUAUUUUUUUAAACAAACUUCAUACAAAAAUAUAAAUAAAUAAGAACGUUUUAGCGCAUACACAAACGCACAUAUAUACAUUAUAUAAUAGUACAUAGUUAUAGAACAUGUAGUUUUCAGAUAGCAAAUUGAUUUCAUUUUUAUACAAUCAAACAUGUUUACAUACAUAUGUAUAUGUACGAGUAAAUGCUACAUUGAGUUAUACAUACAUAUAUUAUUAUAAUAUAGAAUUUCGAUAUCUUUAUAGUCAUUAAAAAAG